AUGAAAACUUACGGAACAUCCAAGCUAUACGAUUGUGGCAGCGUACUGCAACAAUUGUUUGCAGUCCUUGGCCGGUUGAGUCCAUACUAUAGCCAUAUCAGACAGGAUACAAUUGAUAACCUGGUUGAAAAAGUUGAGCAGAGUGUCAGGGAGAAGAAGGACAAUCCAAUAUUCAUCAGUGACAAGCAGAGUCUUCUGCAUGAAAAACGUCUUGGCUCUGAUGUUGGUGGUGUCCAUCAGGUGGACUCCAUGUCAGAUAAUUACCAUGAUUACUUUGGAGGAGCAUCAACAUCACAAAUUGAGGGUUCCAGCCAUCCAAGUAGCAAUGAGGAUCUCCCUCUUAAGACACAUUAUGUCAGCCCAUCACCAGAUACCUUGCUGCAAACGGAGAGCAACGGCAAGCAAGUUGAGAAUGAUGCUAUUCAAAACAUGAUGAAAAGUGUUAACGGCAAGCAAGUUGAGAAUGAUGCUAUUCAAAACAUGAUGAAAAGUGUUGAUGAAAGCAGGACCGUGAGCCAGCAUCAAAUGGAGUCAGACGAUGUUGUACGGGGAUGGUUUGGAGAACAUGAAUCAGAAGGAAGAGACAGGCAUAACAACUCUUUUGUCAUAUUGCAUUGA